AUGUCUCCCCCCGUCAGCGUGCUAUUUGUCUGCCUGGGCAACAUCUGCCGGUCGCCUAUGGCCGAAGGUGUCUUCCGCAAUGUCGCCGAGUCUAACCCAAUCAUCGGCGAGAUUGACUCGGCCGGCACAGGUGCCUAUCACACCGACGAGCCUCCCGACUCCCGCACCAUGUCCACCCUCCGCCGCCAUGGCAUCACAAGCUACAACCACGCCGCGCGCAAGGUCAACAAGGACGACUUCCUCAAGUUCGAUUACCUGCUAGCCAUGGACAAGUACAAUUUGCGCGAUCUGCUGGACACGCGCCAGUCGGUCAUCAACUCGUUGAACCGCAAGGCCGAUCCCAAGUCGGCGGCCAAGAAUACCCGAGCUGCGCGGGACGCUGCGUUGGGUGCGCAGGUCGAAGACGCCAAGGUCGCCGAGGUUCGCUUGUUCGGAGAUUUCGGUCGUGGCGGUAAGCUGCAUGAUCGUGUCGGCGGCGGCGAGGUGGUGCAGGACCCAUACUAUGGUGGUGCCAAUGGGUUCGAGGAGGUCUACCAGCAAGUCGUGCGGUUUUCCGAGGGCUUUGUGGAUUUCCUGGAGCAGCAGCAAUGA